GUCGAGUAAAAUCACACACCCUAUACAUAACCGAACUAUACGGAUCACCCUGUACAAAGUGUACAAAACUUAAGUUAUUGAAAAUAAAACGCAAGGUUCGUUUGUGAACAACAUUUAAGGUAAUGGUAUUUAACGUGAACUGAAUAACAAAAAGAACAAUAAUGUUAAUAAGAAACAGUUAACGAUGGGUAAUUAAAAAACAGAGAAGUUAACCUAUGCUCGACCCUGAGGGCGGCCAUAUUAUACCGAAAUAGAUAAGUCGAUUACAUACGCAGAGAACUCGAAAUUUAUCUCGAAACGCGUGUGCUAUUGUCAGUGGUGGAGCAAAUUGUUACGGUAGUGUGUUUUUGAGUUCUCGUAUCUUUCAAAUUCAAUGGUCACGAUAAAGUUCGUUGGGAAAUAGAAUUUGAAUUGCCGUCAAUGAAUAACGCACUCGUAAAUUUCGGAGCUCCAAUUUGCGAGAAUGGACUCCGAGUAAAGCCGAUGGCUGAGAGGUGAGCGAGUUUCGGCUUCUUUCACAUCGCACGCUGUCGAUUGGACCAGACUACGGUGUGAGAAAGAUAUUGUUUCUCUUGAUCGACAAUCGAGCAAAGUAUUUGAAGAGCGGUUUCAAUUAUUCGCUGAUAGAACGCGCGCGUGCAACAUAUCGUGCAGGUUGCACAAGCACAGUUUUUACAAUGUUUUGCAUACAGUACGCUAAUCGUUUCCAAUCUUUUUUUAACUCCCAUACAGCCGUAUGGGCGCAGGAACAAAGAUUCCAAUAUAGUGUCUGGAUGUAUAAAUAUGCCAGGUUGUGCAGCAGUCGGCUGCAAUAAUCGUAGUGAGAAGGGAUAUAUUAUGAAAUGUUUUCCACGUGAUCCAAAACUCAGGAAAGUUUGGCAGGAACGCGUAGCCAGAGCUGAUUGGGAGCCAUCGAAUAAUUCCUUUCUCUGUCACGUACAUUUUGAGCCCCAGGAAUGGUCUAUUACGCAGACUGGGAGGAUUAAAUUAAGGAAGAACGCUGUCCCUUCCAUAUUCACUGUAACAUCCACCAGAAAAUCACCCAAGAAGAAGACGAUCAUUAAGGAAGAGAACUUGUCACAAAGCGAAUGUAGCGUGGAAUACAUGGAAGCUGACACCGAGCAUUCAUCCACAGGACAUUUAGAAGAGAAGGACUCCGAUUCCCAAGAUGUCUGUGAACUAUCUAUACAGUCCAUUGAGAAUACACUGAAGUAUGUUUCCAAGCCCAUAGAAGAACAAAAGAAAUAUAUUAAAACUGAAAUUAAUAAAAAGAGCACAAUCAUGAUUGCUGAGGAUAAUCUUACAGACAUCAUUGAUGCAGUAAAAGAAGAUACUAUUGAAGCAAAAAUAAAUGAUAAUAACUCAGAGUGUACAUUGUCAAGCACUGCAGUGAAGAAAGAGAUAAAGCUUGAAGUUAUAGAUCCGAACACAUUUGGGGAUAGUUAUGACGAGAUUGAGGAGAAAUUGAAACAGAUUUGCGAUGGUGGUGGUUCUACAGAAGAUGAGAACUACAAGAAUAAGCAGAAAACUAAGAGCCAGAAAGAAGAUGAAGAUGCAGAAAUAAUACAUCUAUGUUGUGACCAAAAGAACGAUGAACACAAGGUAGAUGCAUCUGUACAUGAGAGUCCUAGUUUUUCAACAAAAAACAAAGUUGAGCAUGCUCUCACGGAGAAAGAAGAAAAUGUUGAAAUAAUUUUUGGCAUAGAAAGCGAAGACGAGAAAAUGCCUCAAGCAAUACCAAAAUCGGAUAAAUUAAACGAUAACAUUGCACCGAAUAAUGAAGAAAUUACAGUUAAGUAUGAAAAGAAAGUGUUUAAUGAAGACAUAGAAGAAAACUUCACUAAAGACGAAGUACAUGUUAUACCAAAUAUAAGAGCUGCCAUGAAACGGAAGAGGAGAACCAGAGAAGAGAUAAUGAAAUCAAUAAAGAAAUCCAUUAGGAGCACAUCCGAUGCAGAUGUUAAUUCUUCAAGCAAUACCGAAUUGUCAGACACAGAUGCAAGGAACGAAUCGUCUGUAUUCUCGCGAGAACUGAAGAAUAUGAAUAAGAGAAACGAUAUGGAUGUAGAAACUGUUAGAUUUGUUAUCAAAGUAACUGGUGAUCCUGAUGAUGUAAAUGAAAUUAUGGAAGAAUUAUCAUCUAAUACAUUAGAGACACAGAAGUUCGGCCCUCUUUACAAGAAUGAAGAAAAUAACGCAUUCGUUACAUCCGUAAUAACGGUAUUGUCACCUAAAAAUUCCACAGAGAUACCGUACAGCAAUUUGGGUAGCCCUAUAAGAAAAGAGGACUUUAUGGAUACAAGCAAAAACGAGUCAAUUCUAGAUCAUUCACCCUGCGAUGCGAGAGAAUCUUCGUGUUUAGAUUUUACACAUAGUCCUAAAAAACCUCAGUCUUUGAAUUUCAGAAACGCCUGUUCCGAGGAAGAAAAUAAAAGUCAGAUCAAGAUCCCAUUACAGAGUUCUACACCCAUUAAUCAAGCUUCUCAAGAGAAGAACGAUAAAUCUGUUACUUCAGACUGUGAUGAACUUUUAGAGAGAAUACAGAUACAAGAAAACGUAAUUGGAAAGUUAAUCGAUCAAUUAAUCGUUUAUAAAGAGACGGAAAACAAUAUGAGGAAUAAAAACAUCGGUCAGGAUGGUCAAAGUAAAGACCCCGAAUCAGGGCCUAAAGUUUUUACAAGAUCAAGCAAUACAACGCAGUCUCCGGCUCUAACGAAGAAGGUUUUGGAGUCCAAACAAAGAUUGAUAGAAGAUUUGUCAAACAGGGUAAAUUAUUUUGAGGAAAUGAAUAAGAAGUUGAUGAAGACUGUGAUAUUGGAAUCACAGCAGAAGAGGAAGCUCGAGGGCCAGAUCAGGCAGAAGGAUAAUCGAAUAAAGGAACUUAAUUGGAAACUGGAGAAGGCUUCCAAGUAUCUUGAAAGAGCUGAGAAGAACACGAAUACGUAUAGGAGGAAGAUGUUGAAUAUGCAGACCAUAAUGAGAAGGAGAAAACUUUUGGAUGAGAAGAUGACCAAGUUUAAUGAGAUGUUGAUCGACAGUUCCAGACAAGAAUUCACGGAGAAGGCUUUAGUCAUGGCAGCGGAUAUCAGAAAGAACUGCGGAAGAAUCGGCUAUGAUAAAUUGAUUUCUUAUGGGUUCCCUCUACCGCCACUGCCAGCUUUAAGGAAAGGAAUUCUUAACGAGGACGCCACAGAUCAAAAUAAAAGUGAUGGAGAAAGAGCUAAGAGUUCUACUCCAAAGCUAAGUAUCAAAACGGAAGAUGCGCAAGACGGAAACGAUGAAUCUGAAGUAGACGGAAAAGAUGCACAAGCUCCUGACUCGACCGCUAAAACAAGUGAAUUAGAUGGUGCAGAAACUGUGACAGGAACGGUACAAGAUAUUUUCGAGGAGAACAAUGACGGUGACGACUUUAGUACAAACGAACUGAGAGAACAUUUCAUUCUGCAAUUAAAUGCAGUUAUGUAGCCGUGGUACUAUCGUUUAAGAAUAGCCGUCUUUUUUACCAUUUUAGAAUUAGGAAAUAGUAAAAUCAUGAAUAUUUAGAUAGACUUCCUUCUAUCAUUGUACAAUAUCCAUUGUGCACUUAAUUAUAUUUAUUGUACAAUACCAUUUCAUGCUGUCUCGGAAAAUGUAAAUAUAUGUAUAAACAUUAAUAUGUGUAAUAUAAAAAAUCAUCUCAGACAGUACACAACAGUAUUCUAUCAGUGUACAUAAGAAUGUAGAAUGUGUCCCACCUAAAUGCCUUUGAGAACAAAGUGGAACAUUCAAUAUAAUCAAUUAAUUUACUUGAAGGGAUAUACUGCAAAUAUGUUCUUGAUUUGAAGCUGAUUAGAAUAGUAGAGCAAUGAAUAAUAAUAACUGGGAAGAAGAUACAUUUAAUUAUAUACAUAUAUAUUUCUCCAUACAGUUCUCGUUGGUACAGUUACAAUCCA